AUGAUCUCCUGGCUGGACAAGUACGACAUCAACACCGAGGAGCUCGAUAAGCUGGACGAGAUCAUGGACAGCAGCGCCGUCAGGCAGUCAGUGGAGGACUUAUUUGUUCGGCUGCAUCUUGAAACCGAGGGCCCGAAGGACAUGGGAUUCGUCGUCCAGAGUGCGGAGAAGGCGCUGAAGAUCAGGGAGCGCUGCAAGACGCUGCUGGAGAUGGACCCCUCCUGCGAUGGUGAUGUCUCCCACGCCAUCUCCGCCAUCGAUGAGAUCCACGGGCUUGCGCAUGGUAUGCUGUCGGGCACGGUAUCCGGGAAGUCGCUCUCCCGGCUGGAUGCCGUCGAGCUCCUCCUCUCCGACAACAUGGCGAAAUCCACCCUCCCCAAGCAGCUCAAGGAGUGGGGCGAGAUCCGGAGGUCCACCUGUGAGUCUGUCUUCAAGACCUACGUCGCCAACUACACCAACCUGUACCAGCUCUUCGACGCCUACCGCUGCAACGCCAGCGUUCUGAGCGGCACCCCCAGCGGGCAGGACCUCAAGCCGCUGCUGUUGGUGUACGACGAUGCCGCCUACGAGCAGUCCAAGUUCAUCGCCUCCGAGGCGGACGACCUGUAUCACCUCAUGGAGGACACCCUGCAGAGGAUCCAGGCCCACAGGGCAUCCACGGAUUGGAGGGACUUGGUCGACGAUAAGGAGCUCCUUAAACAUAAAGAGAUGAAAAAAAAAUUUUAUCCUCCGUAA